AUGCACGACGGCGGCCACCACCACGAGGAUCCUGAAAUGCCUUCCCUUGACCUGCAGAAUCUGAAGGUAAUAUCGGCUCUCGGCCGUGGGGCGAAAGGCGUAGUUUUCUUGGUACAAACAGAGAAGGGAGAAUUACUUGCUCUGAAAGCAAUACUAAGAUCUUCGGUUGAGAAAGGGAAGGUCACAAGCAAUAUCGAUCCUAAUGAGUACAGAAGAAUUUGCUUCGAAAGAGAAGUAUUGAGCUCUUUACAUCAUCCACUUCUACCCAAACUUAAUGGAGUUUUACUCACAGAGAAAAUUGUUGGAUAUGCAAUUGAUUACUGUCCCGGUCGUGAUCUCCAUUCAUUGAGGAAAAAGCAAACUGAAAAGAUGUUCUCCGAUGAUAUUAUAAGAUUUUAUGCUGCGGAAUUGGUGCUGGCAUUGGAAUAUCUUCAUGGAUUGGGAAUUGUCUACAGAGAUUUGAAGCCAGAAAAUGUAAUGAUUCAAGAAAAUGGGCAUUUAAUGCUAGUGGAUUUCGAUCUAUCAACUAAACUUUCUGUAAAAUCACCAGAAAUCCGUUCAGAGAGAAAAUUAAAAUCCAGUCCAAAAUCGGAGCCAAGGAAGAAGAAAAAGAUGAUAUCCCAUCUCUUCAAGGUCCGCGACUCGGGCGUUUCGCCGGCCGACUCGGUCCAUCCGAAGGAAAUCGGCGGCGACACGGUAGAUUCAGACUCUGAUUCGGUGGAGAAGUCCAACUCAUUCGUCGGAACAGAGGAUUACGUGGCGCCAGAGAUCAUAUUAGGUAACGGCCACGAUUUCGCAGUCGACUGGUGGUGCUUAGGUGUCAUGUUGUACGAAAUGCUUUACGGCAAGACGCCGUUUCGGGGGGAAAACCGGAGAGAGACAUUUUUCCGGAUUUUAUCGAAGCCGCCGGAUCUUACCGGAGAAUUAACGCCGUUAAGGGACUUGAUCGGAAAAUUGCUUGAAAAGGACCCACGAAAGAGGAUCUCCGUUAAGGAAAUCAAGAGCCACGAAUUUCUUAAAACGGUUGAUUGGGAUUUUAUUUUGGAGAUGCCCCGGCCGCCGUUCAUUCCGUUACUGCCGGCGAAUGAGGACAUGGAUGGAAAUGAGGUAAUUGAUGUGGAGUCUUAUGUCCAAGGGGUGUUUGAAGUUGGUGAAGAUAAGAAUAUAGAGAAAAAUAAAAAUUCAGAAAGUAAUAAGAAUAAAGAUGUGUGGGUUGAAGGAUUUAAUCAUCCCGCACAAAUUCAAAAUAACGAUUUUUUGAUAUUUUAA